AAACGUCAUUAGAAUUGAAUAAAAAAUCAGCCAACAUGUCUGAUGUAGUCAGUCCGGUCACUGAAAAACUAUCAAAAAAGUAAGCUUUUCUAAGUGAUUUUGCUAUCAAAUUUGUAGUUUUCAAGCGUCUUAUUAACAUUGUUCUUUCUAUGCAAACAAACCACGGUUUUCAAUGUUUUUAAAAUCAUUCUUUCCAUUUUGAUUGUCCACGCGUUCAAUAAUAGCUUUAGCUGAUGAAAUUACCGUCAGUAUUUUAGUUUGUAAAGAAUAAUGUUCGUAAUACGUAGACAGUUGAGCUCAAUAAAAAGCAUUGCGAGCAAUCGAUUAUCACUUUAUCAACUGACCGUGAACCGAUAUGUACAGGACAACUCAAAAUCUGAAUUGAAACGUCGCCAAAAAGCCGAGCAGAAAGAGAAGGAAAAACAGGAAAAAUCUCAGAAUGCGGUUACCAAGGAGAAACCGGCUGAAAAACCAGCCAAGGUGAACGAAGAGGAAAUGUCGGCGAGAGAUUUCUUUAAGCUACGUACGGCUGCUGUAGCUGAACUGAAACAAAAUCCGGAAACGGAUCCAUAUCCACAUAAAUUUCACGUCAGCACGGCGCUGGAGGAAUUCAUUGAAAAGUAUUCCAAUUUGACCGAUGGUCAGACGCUGGAUGAUGUUAAACUCAGCAUUGCCGGUCGCAUUCAUGCUAUCCGUGAAUCGAGUGCUAAAUUAAUAUUUUACGAUCUUCGUGGCGAAGGCGUUAAAUUGCAGGUGAUGGCCAACGCCAAAAUGUACGAAAGCGAAGAGAAAUUCCUAGCGGACACUAGUAAAAUCAGACGUGGUGAUAUCAUCGGAAUAAACGGAUGUCCGGGCAAAACGAAAAAGGGUGAACUGUCCAUUAUUCCGACCAGCAUUAAAUUGCUGGCCCCGUGCUUGCAUAUGUUGCCGCAUCUGCAUUUCGGCCUGAAAGAUAAAGAGACUCGCUUCCGUCAGCGAUACCUGGAUUUGAUAUUGAACAAUCGAGUGCGACAGACGUUUCAAAUUCGCGCCAGAAUUAUCUCGUAUAUUCGUCAAUUCUUCGACCAGCAAGGUUUCCUGGAAAUUGAAACGCCUAUGAUGAAUAUGGUCGCUGGAGGUGCAACAGCUAAACCAUUCGUGACACAUCACAAUGACUUGAAUAUGGAUUUGUACAUGCGAAUCGCGCCGGAAUUGUACCACAAAAUGUUGAUUGUCGGUGGUCUAGACAGGGUCUACGAAAUUGGCCGACAGUUCCGGAAUGAAGGCAUCGAUAUGACUCACAACCCGGAAUUUACAACCUGUGAAUUCUAUAUGGCGUAUGCCGAUUACAAUGAUAUUAUUGAGAUGACCGAAAAGUUGGUGUCGGGCAUGGUAAAAAGUAUUCACGGCUCUUACAAAGUCAAGUAUCAUCCGGAAGGUCCCGAAGGUCCCGAAUGUGAGAUAGAUUUUACACCGCCAUUCAAGCGUGUAUCGAUGAUGAAGACUAUAGAGGAAAUUCUCAAAGUUAAACUGCCCAAACCGGAAGAGCUGAAAACGAAAGCGGCUAACGAAUUCCUAUCGAAUUUGUGCCAAAAACAUAAUGUCGAAUGUCCGGCACCGCGAACCACAGCCAGGUUAUUAGACAAAUUGGUUGGCGAGUUCCUCGAAGAGGAUUGUAUCAAUCCAACGUUCAUUUGUGAUCAUCCGCAAAUCAUGAGUCCGUUGGCCAAAUAUCACCGUGACAUUCCCGGAUUGACGGAACGUUUCGAAUUGUUUGUGAUGAAAAAGGAGGUAUGCAAUGCGUACACCGAAUUGAACGAUCCGGUGGCACAACGUGAACGAUUCGAACAGCAGGCAUCGGACAAGGCAGCUGGUGACGACGAAGCUCAAAUGGUUGAUGAGAAUUUCUGUACUGCUUUGGAGUAUGGCUUACCACCGACAGGUGGUUGGGGCAUGGGUAUCGAUCGAUUGACAAUGUUUUUGACGGACAACAAUAACAUUAAGGAGGUGCUAUUGUUCCCAGCUAUGAAACCAGACGAUCCGAAUAAAAAUCAAGCGACCGCAGAGGAACAACCGUCCACACCCCCUUCCAAAUAGCUGCUCUUCAAACGUUUUUCAUAGUCACAUGGGUUAAAUAAUUUAUUUCGAUGUCACCUCUUAUUAUUACCGCUUUUUCAUUCGUUUCAUUUAAAAAAGAAUAAAAAAAAUUCCCGUUGAUUCAUUGAUCUGAAUCAGCUGGAAAAUCAUUUCUGAUUUGCAAAAA